AUGUCCGUCUUCUUGUGGUUUAAAUUCUUUAAAUUUGCUGUUUGUCCACAGCUGCAGAUAUGCGAGACAGACGGUAUCGAAGAGCUGAGCGACGAAGAGGCCUCCACUACUGGCCGCCGCCGCCUUGUGGUUGUCAAGACACUUUGGCGCGGUUGCCAUAACGAUAUCAAAGCGGCGUUCGCCCGCGAAGCAACAUGGGGCGCAGGCCUCAAGCACCCGCAACUUGCAAGGGUCCUUGGUUUGAGUCUGCUAGAGCCCCCAUGCGCAGCUCUCGAUCGAGGCGAUGCUGCUCCUCUCCCGACCAUUUUAAGAAUGAACCGGAAAUUGAAUUAUUCGAGUUUGAUUCACAUAUGCUGUCAGAUAGCAGCCGGCAUGAAGUAUCUGGAAUCAUUCGAGUUAAUACACCGGGAUCUUGCAGCGCGCAAUGUAACAGUGACUGAAGAUCUAAACAUUAAAGUCUCAGACUACGCGAUGUUUUGCGAGGAAUUCGUUGACGAUUACUACUUCAUGGCCGACGGCUGCCGAUUCCCACUUCGCUGGAUGGCGUGGGAAAGUUUGCUGAUGGUGGUGGCCAACGCCAGCGAGUGGCGUCGUGGCGGCCGUGGCGCGCGUGUGCCCGCCGCCCCCUUACCCCGCUGCCGUCGCGAACUCUACGACCUGAUGCACGAGUGCUGGCGACGCGAGCCCGAGCAGCGCCCGCGCUUCUACGACCUGCACCGCUUCCUGGAGCGCAUGACGCACGGCUACAAGCCACCAUCCACGCGC